UUCCAGAACAGGCUGGGCCCAGGGACCCUGAGGUGACACUGAGGCCAGGGCUGGGUGACCUUCAGGGGUUAGGCCCUAUCCCAAGCCUCCAGGGUCCAAGGGCAGGACAGACCAGCCUCGGGGCAGAAGGAGGGAGGGGAGGCACAGACGACCCCUGGCCCCAAGCCUAGGGUGCUGGGAAGGAGUCUAAGCUGAGGCUCAGACAGGUAGGGGUCCAGACCCAGCGGGCUGCAGAGGCAGGUGCUGCCAGGAGGUGAGCCUCAAGGUGAGGUGGGAGCCCAGCUCCCCACUGUGCUCCUCAUCACCCUGGGGGUGGGGGGGUGGGGCCCUUAUCAAGCCAAGACAUAAUGCUGCUCCGGUAUCAAAUGCCAAAGUCUAAGCUGGGACCAUCCACAGUGUCCUGAUGACACCCGAUAGGAGAGGUCCCCGGGUUCCCCAGCUCAUGGCCACUUCCGGCCUACGCCCCAGCACCCUGUGCCCUCAGCCACCCGCCAGGCCUUCUCCCAACCAGGACCAGCGAGGGAGCCCAGAAGCCAGGAUUCCCACAAAUCUGCCCCUGAAACUGGACUGGGCUCACCUGACAACUGCCUGUGGUCAUUACAGCCAUCCCCCUGUGGAUGGAGGAAGGGGGGAGGUCACCAAGGCCUGCAGGGAGUGUGGCAAAGGUCACGGGUGAGUGGGCCCCAGGACUUGGGGCCUGAAUUCAAUGUGUUUGGCCAGGGCGGGGGCAGGAGAUGUCUCAGACUUGUGCAUCUCCCCAGCAGAUAAAGCUUGGGCCCAGGGUUGUCCCUGCCUGAAAUCCAUGCCGAAUUCCCUCCCUGGUGGCCAGGCUCCCCAUCCUACUCUGGACGCAGUUGAUCUAGUGGACCAGAGUCUGAGAAAUGCAGGGACCACUCAUCUUGUCCCAGUCUUAGAAGAAGAGGCCACAGACCCCUGGGCUCUCCCUCAGCUGAAGGACACUAGCCAGUCCUGGAAAGAGCUCAGUAUGGCUGGCAGGCUGCGCCAGGUGGUCAUCAGCUUUCUCAAGGCCUGUGGGCUCCUUGGCAAUCUCUACUUCUUCAUCUGCUCCCUGGACAUCCUCAGCUCUGCCUUCCAGCUGCUGGGCAGCAGAGUGGCUGGAGACAUCUUCAAGGACAAUGUGGUGCUGUCCAACCCUGUGGCUGGACUGGUCAUUGGCGUGCUGGUCACAGUCCUUGUCCAGAGCUCCAGCACUUCCUCCUCCAUCGUGGUCAGCAUGGUGGCCUCUAAGUUGCUGACUGUCCAGGCGUCUGUCCCUGUCAUCAUGGGUGUCAACGUGGGCACAUCCAUUACCAGCACUUUGGUCUCAAUGGCCCAGUCAGGGGAACGAAAUGAGUUUCGGAGGGCCUUCAGUGGCUCGGCUGUGCACAGCAUCUUCAACUGGCUCACAGUGCUGGUCUUGCUGCCACUGGAGAGUGCCACAGGCAUGCUGGAGAGGCUCAGCGAGCUGGUGCUGGGUGCCACCCGCCUACAGCCUGGGGCACAGGCACCUGACAUCCUGAAGGUGCUGACGCAGCCACUCACAUGCCUCAUCGUGCAGCUGGACACCGACGGGAUCGUGGGCAACAGCACCAAAAGCAGCCUCAUUAAGCGAUGGUGCGGCACCAAGGGGCAGACGGGGAACAACAGCGAAUGUGGAGCCUUCAGCCUCUGCACCGAGAGGAACAGCUCGACCCCAGAGGACCCGCUACCCUGCCGCCACCUGUUUGCGGGGACGGCCCUCAAUGAUCUGGCCGUGGGCUGCAUUCUGCUGGCCGGUUCUCUGCUGGUGCUCUGCACCUGCCUGGUUCUCAUCGUCAAGCUGCUCAACUCGGUGCUGCGCGGCCGCGUCGCCCAGGCAGUGCGGACGGUCAUCAACGCCGACUUUCCCUUCCCUUUCGGCUGGCUCAGCGGCUAUCUGGCCAUCCUUGUGGGCGUCGGCCUGACCUUCGUGCUGCAGAGCAGUAGCGUCUUUACCGCAGCCAUAGUGCCCCUCAUCGGGGUCGGGGUGAUCAGCCUGGACCGGGCAUACCCUCUCUUCCUGGGCUCCAACAUCGGCACCACCACCACAGCCCUGCUGGCUGCCCUGGCCAGCCCAGCAGACAUGAUGCUCAGCGCUGUCCAGGUUGCCCUCAUCCACUUCUUUUUCAACCUGGCCGGCAUACUGCUGUGGUACCUGGUGCCCGCCUUGCGGCUGCCCAUCCCACUAGCCAAGCGCUUUGGGGACCUGACUGCCCGCUACCGUUGGGCAGCCAUUGCCUACCUGCUGCUCAGCUUCCUGCUGCUGCCCCUGGCAGCCUUCGGGCUCUCCCUGGCAGGGGGCACAGUGCUGGCCUCAGUUGGGGGUUCUCUAGUGGGGCUAGUGCUCCUAGUUGUCCUGGUUAACAUCCUGCAACGCCACUGGCCAACCUGGCUGCCCCACCGCCUGCGUUCCUGGGCCUGGCUGCCCCUUUGGCUCCACUCUCUGGAGCCCUGGGACCGCGUGGUGACCCGCUGCUGCCCCUGCAGAGCCUGCAGCUCCCCGAGGGCCACUGCCAAAGAGGCCCACUGCUAUGAGAACCCUGAGGUCCUGGCCUCCCAGCAGUUGUGAGGAGUGGGCACCACAGCAGACCACCCUACCCCUCACUGGCCUCAGGAGGCCAGGCUCUGGAAGAGGUGCCCUGGGAGGGCAGUCCUAAAAGCAGCAGACUUUUGAGACACCUGCUUCCCCUCCUUUGCAAAUAAAUCUGUUACCCAGAUGUGACGGUUUCCACUCCC